CUUGGCGAUCCUACUUCAGUUCUGGCUGGCGCCAGCAAGCAAAGCUCAAGUACCAAUUUUGGCCAGCGAUGCGCUGUUCGGUUACAGAACCGCAUUUCGGACCCUUACAUCAUAUCGAAAAAUGAUGAUUGAGGGUCAUACCAAGUUCAAAGGAAAGCCGUUCCAGUUGCCUACAUUCAGAAGUUGGAUGGUCUUUGUGUCUCGUGAGCUAUUCGAUGAUAUCCGGAAGGCACGCGACGAGGGUCUAUCUUUCAAGGAACAAGUGAACGAGGCGAUCGCGGUGGAGUACACAAUUGGCAAGGCGCUUGCAGACGAUCCCUGGCACGUGUCUGUCAUUCGCAAACAAAUGACCCAGAACCUGGGCGCCAAGUUCCCAGAGAUCUACGAAGAAAUUUCGCAAGCGUUCGCAGAUGAGCUGAAGUUUCCCAACAGUGGUGACUGGAUGCCGGUGAAUGCGUAUGAACUCAUCCUCCGAGUGGUUUGUCGUACAAGCAAUCGGCUCUUCGUCGGAUUACCUUUGUGUCGUAACGAGGAAUUCACUAAGAUGAGCUGUGAUUACACCACUACAGUUAUUCGCGCUGGGUUCUUCAUUGCAAUGUUCCCUGGAUUCCUGAAACCGCUCGUCGCCCGGUGGCUUUCAGCAGCACCUGCUGCAACAAAAGGCUUUGAACGGUUCCUGCUUCCUGUGAUUGAAGAGCGAAUUCGGAAGGAAGAGGAACUAGGGGAAUCGUGGAAUGAUCAGAAGCCCUUUGACUUUUUGCAAUGGAUGAUUGAUGCCGCCGAUGGAAAGCGCCGAGAACCUAAAGAGCUGAACAAGCGUAUGCUGGCAAUGAACUUCACCGCUACUCACACAUCGUCAAUGUCCUUCACCCACGCCUUCUACUGGUUGGCUGCUUAUCCACAAUAUGUUCCCGAACUGCGUCAAGAGAUUGAGUUUGCCAUAAAGGAACACGGCUGGACACGUGACGCAAUCGACAACAUGUUCAAGGCGGACAGCUUCAUUAAGGAAGCAAUGCGUCUGACUGGCUUGGGCGUCAUGUCCAUGGCACGGAAAAGCAUGAGACCGUUCACUCUUUCCGAUGGGACCGUCAUCCCUACUGGGUCUAGGAUAGCUGUCAAUGCAUGGAGCAUACAUCAUGAUCCAGAUACAUACGAGAAGCCCGAAGAAUUCGAUCCUUUCCGAUUUUCGAGAAGAAUCGAGCAAGGUGAGAGCAUCAUCAAGAACGCAUUCACGACUUCCAGUUCGAGUUUCGUCUUCUGGGGAGCAGGAACGCAUGUGUGCGCCGGUCGUUAUUUUGCGUCCCAGGAGCUCAAAGCUAUGCUUGCCUACGUCGUGAUGAACUUUGAUGUGAAGAUGCCGAACGACGGAGAGCGGCCUGCGGAUGUCUGGUUUGGGGCGGCAUGUAUUCCUGAUCCAAAAGCGACGGUUCUGUUCCGCAAACGUGCAGGCUGACAUUGAGGGAUGGAAGGUCAACUUCGAGGAUUUUUGUUUUGCCAAAUGCUUUGAUCCGUUCAGUUCUUGCCGGCAUGUUUGCCAGUUCCUUCUGGCCUAUGAUAUGGUUGCUUGCGUGUUCGUCAGGUCCGCCGAUC